AUGGUGGAAGUUCGAAUUCAAUGCAAAACUCAUGGCAAUCACGGGUCUCCAAACAUGAUUGAAAUUAGCAUCACCUCCUCAAACUUAAUGUAUGUGCGUGGUGCCGGUUUGCAUAGUUCACAUUGCAGCCCAUAUGGUCCUGAUAUUUCCCCAAGCGUGGACCCUCAACCAUUUCUUCCAGUCCUACCUCCUUCACCACUGAUGCCACUCACAAAUUAUAGUGUGCCAAAAUUAUCAGCUAAUCCUAAACGGGGUGCCAAUUCGUGCUCUAAUAUAAUGUCAAUGAAUGGAAAUUACUUUCCAAGGAAGGGAAAAAUUGACGUUGAACAGUCGUGUCUUUCAAAGUUUCCUGAUUUUAGAGAAUUAACUAAAAGUGAUGGUAACCUCACAUUACUUGAUGGUACUUUUGCUCUUUCAGGACUCUGUCCAUUGAAUUUUUCAGCAGCUGAAAGUAUAUUGAGCAUAACAGCAACUGAUUGCUGGGCUUUGCUUGCUCCAUAUAUGGCCAAUGUGGUAUGCUGCCCUCAGUUUGAUGCCACUCUAGUGAUUCUUAUAGGUCAUUCCAGUAUUUACUCUCAGCCGCUUGCUUUGAACUUGACUGAUGCCAAGCACUGCCUCUCAGAUGUUGAACAGGUCUUGGAGGGUCAAGGUGCCAGUGAGAAUCUUCACGAGAUAUGCUCUAUGUAUCCAUCAAACCUCACUGAGGCUUCUUGCCCGAUUGUAGAUGUUAAGGAGAUGGACAGCACUGUGGAUUCCUCUAGACUUCUGGCUGCUUGCGAAAAAAUUGAUUUCGUCGAUGAGUGUUGCAACCAAGUUUGUCAAAACCCCAUAUCAGACGCCGCUGAAAAAAUUGCUUUGAAGAAUUAUAGUAUGGCGAGUUCAAACGGAGAUCGUGUCUUGGCUGAGAACUCAAUUAUGAUUAAUGAUUGUAAGAGUAUUGUCCUACGAUGGCUUGNCCCAUAUCUGGGACAGUAA